AUGCGCUCUCUCCUUCGGGUUCUCUGGCGGCCCGCUCGAGACCCGCUGCGAUGGAACCGUCGCCUUCAUGAUAGCGGGGAAUGGUGUCGACGACAAUUCACAUGUGCUGUACAUCGAUGGUAUCAUUUCUUUUCAAUGACGAGAAUCAUUUUUGCCUUUAGUGCUGCUUGGUGUGUUGUGGCUACACUUGGCGCUGGUGUUGCGCUCUGUCGGCCUCUGGAUACACCCGAUUAUCUCAUCCCGUACUAUUUACGUGAUGUCAAGACACGCUUCAAACACUACGCAACUCACCGUAAAUGUAAAGGUGGACCAAAGUAUAUGACUGUGGAUGAUUUUGUACGUGCUGUACUGGCGUCAAAGAACAAUGAACCCUUACAUCCCUCAGUAGUGGAGGGACUGGAGCAACUUUUCCGUGAAUUGGAUGCCGAUGGUAAUACAUACAUUAGUUUCUCUGAGUUUUCUUUUUUAAUGUUAUUAUUAACAGCAAAAUUAGAUGAUGUCCGAAUGCUCUUUACCAUAGUGGAUAAAGACCGCCUUGGUGCUAUUAACCUUCAGGAAUUUGCAGGGGUUUUACGAGGACUUGGUUGUGAUCCAGCGGAGUCAGAGAUAUUAACACGUGGUUAUAAGAAUGGUAUUGUGAAAAGACUCUUUGGUGAGAAUGGAGAGGGUCGCUGUACAUACAAGGAGAUUGAAGAAACUAUUGAAAAUCUGAAUGAAGAGGUCUGGAAGGCUGAGUUUCGUCAGUUUGACACUGAUCGUAAUGAUAAAAUAACCGCUGAGCAGUUUGGAAAACUCAUCGCAAACCAAAUGAUUGGAAGUCAUGUUCCAUUUUAUAUCGUUGAAAACAUAAGAAAAAUGCGUGGUAGUGGAGAUACCAUGACACUUGAACUGUGGAUCAGUUUUCACCGAGUUAUGCAGCACGCAGAUGCGAUAACAGAAUCAGUAGAACUUUUUACCUCCUCGGGUCUCCCUUUGCGUAAGAAUGACUUCAAUCGUGCAAUAAAAGCAGCUGGUCUUCCACCAAUGGAAAAUGUUGAAUUAGAUCUUAUUAUGGCUUUGUUUGAUCGCAAUGGUGAUGGUGUCUUGCAAUUUGAUGAACUUUUAUCCGUAAUGCAGCAGAAACUAACGUACCAUUAUAGUAACUGUAACGUGAGGGAGAAAAAAAGUCUUCCUAUACGUCUUAUAGAAUGUGUAGGUGAGGCCUUGCAGUAG